AUGCUUCCCGGGUUUAGUACAGCCAUUGUGCUAUUGGCGGCAUAUACAACUUUGGCAUCAGCGUUUCUUCGCAGUCCAUCAAUAUUGACUUCAAAAAAGGGUGUUUUUUGUUCCAAUAUCCAGGUAUCUCCAUCACACCCUGGAAAGAGCUAUAUCAAACUUCACCCGGAACACGCUUCGGCAGAUUUCAAGAUUCCGGGCUUGAUCUUUUACUAUCCCGAUAUUGUCAACUUCACCUCGGUGCCGAUUGUGGAAGAGUUUAGUCGAUUGUGCCCCAAGGAUAAGGAAGUGUUGUUCAAGAAGAUCUUGAAUCAAGACGAUGGAACUUUUAUACUCGAUGCUGCUGACGGCUAUGACGUUGACAAGUCAAAACUAUGGAGCGGCAUAGUCGACAAAGAUGUCAAGUUUCAGGUGGACCACUCUGGUUUUUAUUGUGUCUACGUUGCUCCGCCUGUGGAAGACAAAGACCCAUUUGAGAUACCGAUUGUGUUCAAGAACUACUACGGGAACUUAUCGUAUCCGUUUUACUUAAUUUAUGCGCAAUCGAAAUUCACCAUUGCCGUUGCCAUCAUUGUCUUUGCAAGCUUGUUCAAUUAUAUCCUCAAGUUCAAAGUUGGGGACAAUUUCCAGCACUUGGACUCGAUUUCCGUGAUUUCCAAAGCCGUGAUCUUUUUGGUGUUGGCUCCGUUUACACUUUUGUCUAUGUAUCAAUGGUUUGUCCUUUUUUUGAUCAACAAUUUUUUGGAAACUUGUCAACGUUCACGGAUCAUCAGUUUCUUGUUGCUCCUUUCACAAUUUGGUGAAACAACAUUUACCACAUUUUUGAAGUACGCGGUACUUUUAUUCUCCAUGGGAUUCGGCGUGAUUUAUUACCAUAGCGGCAACUCGCAUAAUUACAGACAAUUCCCACGAGAUUCCUUUUUCAAAGUUACCGCUUUCUUUGUCGCUACGCUUGUGGUUCAAUUUGCAUCGCAUGUACGCUUGGCGAACAGUGCCAGUGACACUCCUAUAAUUGGAUACCAUGGACAGACGCUAUUGAAUCAAUACGGUACCCUUACCGCAUUCCUUUUGGGUCUUGCCGGGUUGCUUUCAAUGGCAUGGUUCAUUCUUUCCAUGAUUUUCUAUUUCAAGACCAAGAAAACCAUUGCCGCAUUCCCGCCGGCGUCAGAUGCAGAUUCCACCGAAAAAGUCGUUUCGGCUUUCCGUAAAUCCUUUGUGGUGAUUUACAUCUUGCCCAUUGUAACUUCGAUAUUUGGAGGUAUUGUCGCUGGGGUGAUGACAGCGCAAUCUUUUAAAAACAUGCCUGAUUAUCCAACACGUACAGAAAGAGACCCCGUCUACCAAUCGGCUUUAGGCAUGUGGAUGCUUGAAAAGUCAAUGGCGAAAUUCAUGAUACCAGUGCUUUGGUCAACAUGGUUUUAUUUCUUUUCGUUGAUCAUUUCAUUAUUUUUCCUUUGGAUCAAGGACAAUAACGGGCUAAUUGUCGAUCCCAAUGCUAAUGAUCCAAUUGAAUACGCCGAUGUUCCAAACUUUAACAUUUCCGAUGAGGAAGAAGAACAAGAACAAGAGCAAGGACAAGGACAAGGACAAGAUAUCAGGGUAUAA